UAGACGUUUCCUGAAUUUCUUUUUUAUCGAAACAAGUUAAAGUAGAACUGGAUCAAACCUUCGACGGGUAUAUAUAGCCGAUUAAAUGAGGACAAAAGCAUCAGUAACAGAAAUCAUCGACGUAGUCACAACACAUCAUACUCCAACAAAAUGGUUGCGAAGUUCGUCAUUCUUUUCGCCUUGAUGGCCGUCGCCUCUUGCGCUGACUUCUCCAGCUUCUCCUAUGGUGUGGCUGAUCCCUACACCGGAGACUUCAAGAGCCAAGUGGAGAGCCGUGCCAACAACAACGUUCUCGGACAAUACUCCCUCCUGGAGUCUGAUGGAACCCGCAGGACAGUCGACUACGCCGCCGGCGCUGGUGGCUUCAACGCUGUCGUCAGGAAAGACCCUGCCCUGGUCGCCGCUGCAGCUCCUCUUUCUUACGCUGCCGCCCCCUACCCUUACGGAUACGCUGCUCCCUACGCCUACUCCGGAUUCGGCGCCUACCCCUACAACUACGGCUACCCAUACGGUCGUUUCUACUAAACCACGGACCUUCAUCAGAAUCACAGGACCAAUAACAUCGGUUUCACUCUUAAAUCUUAGUGUAAGACCAUGUAAAUAAUGUAGAUAAAUUAAACCAAUGUUCCCCGA